CUUUUCCGUUGCGCAGAGUUUGAAAAGCCGUGGUUCGGUGUGGCUGUCUCUCUGGACAGUGGGCAGUGGGGCAGUGGUUUGUCAAACCGUCGAACUGGUGGCUAUUUCUGUGUGCGAAUCUCCUGAGGCGGUGAGGAUAUUCGUUGUCAAUCAGAGCCAGUCAACAUGUCCACCUGGGAUUUCAACUGCCCGAAAUUCCGGGGUUUCCUGAACGACGGGGAAUCGAGCGACAGCGAUGCCGAGGCUUACUUCGAUGCAGUCCACCCAAGCCCUCCUGCAACAGAAGUCUCCAGUGUAUUCCAUGAUGCAUCGGACAAGUCCCGAAAUUCCGGCCGCCCUUCCAGGCCCUACACGCGGAGCCGCGCGGCCGCGUCUGCGCUGGCCAGUCCACCGCUGCAAGAGUCUGCGCCCGACCCGGCCAAGGAGAACGAAGCGCCGGCGAAGCCAUCGCAGAAAAUCCUGCCAGGACCGAAACCCCGAGGAAAGCCUCAGUCAGAGCUGGCACUUCACGCCGUGAAGCGUGCAACUGGCAAGGCGAAAACCAGAGCACCAAGAAAGGCUUUGUGCGAGAAUAAAUGCCAGCGGGAUACCAAGGCGGCGUCGCAAGCACCGAAGAGGCCUCUUCCCGAGCAGAAAACGUUGGCGGAGCUGGUGAGGAACUUCGAGAGGACUCCGAUGCGGUUCCGCACUCACACGGCUCCGCAGAACUUCAAACGCUUCCGGCCGACAAUCCCAGUGACACCGCACCUCGCCACCAAGCUGCGGUCACGGCCCGUGAAGAUAGAAACCAAGGCUGAGAGAGAUCAGCGUCUUGUGGAGGAGCUCAAGAAGUACAGAGUGAGGCCCAGCAAGGUUGCUCCACCACGCAAGGCGCCGAGAAAAGAGGCCGAAGUCGUCGCGGGGCCGUCCGGCCACGGCGAGUCGCAGCGCCAGGCUUCCGCACCCACCUCGGACCGCCGCAAAACGCGCGUGGUGUCUGCUCCCGCCAAACCCGAGCACAAGUUUGUUGCUCGGCCACCACCCAAGAUGGCUCUUGCCGGCCCUACGUCUAAGCCACCGAAGACGACGGCAAGACGCACGGUGGCGCAGUCCCCCGCCUUUGCCCUCAAAGCGAGGUGCGAGAGCUGGAACUUGAAGAGGAAGCAGGCGGAGGAAGCGAAAAAGGAAGAGGCGGCGGUGGCAGCUGUGCCCGCCAAGCGCCCCUCCAGGUCCCGCCAGAGGCGGAACGCCCCGGGACAGCAGCAGCAGCAGCAACAGCAGCAGCGGCCGACAUCUCGGCAGCGCAGCACCACCCCACAGCCGUUCUCGUUCCAGACUCGGCAGGACGAGGCCCUCCGCAAGAAGCAGGCCAGGCUGCAGGAAAUGGGACAGGAGGAAAAGGAGCCGCAGCACUUCAAGGCCAAGCCGGCUCCCCCGGCCCUCCGCGUGUUCAGGCCGCGGUGCCGGUCCGCCCCGGUGACGUCGCCCGCGCCCUUCCGUCUGGCGUCCCUCACAAGGCACGAGGAGCGCAAGAGGAAUUUCCAAGAGCAGAUGGAACAAAUGAACAAGCAGCUGGCCAACCUCUCUAAAUUUGUGGCCAAGCCGUGCCCUACCUCACGUCCCUUCACGGCCAAGCUUGAGCAGAAGCACACCGUGCCAGACAAAGUGCGACUGCACUCCACGACGCGAGCCCAGCAGCGUCACGACUUCGACAGUGCGCUCUCGAGCCGCAUCCAGAAGCGCGCGGCCGAGUCGGAGGAGCGCAAGAGGGCGGAGGAAGAGGCCGCCAUUCGCGAGCUGCGUCGCAAGACUGUCUUCAGGGCCAACCCCGUGCCUCGACCGAAGCCGGCGGCGGCGAGAGCGGCCAAGAGAGCGACACCAAAGGCAACAAACUCCGCCUCUUCCUCGCUGCGUGCACGGAAGCCACGGCGCUCUCCCAGGAAUCCCACUCCCGGGAUGAAAUGAUCCUCGCUACGACGAAGUCCGACAUGUACAUAAAUGUACGCAUUUUUUAAGUGUUUGUCUGGGCCCCUAAUAGCUCGGAUAACCCCCCCCCCCCCCCUCACGGUGUGUUUCUAAGCACUUUUCAGGAGUAAAAAGUUUUUUGUGAAUGAACCGAUGGACCGAGCGCAAUGACACUUUUCGCAGAGAUGUCUUUGUGUGGUGCUUUUAUCGUGCCUAAAUUUUAUAAAUGUAGGUUAUCAUACGUCUUACAAGUUACGCAUUCGGCAUAUUUACCGUACGCCAUUAUACAUCGUACACAUACGCCACCCUAAAGAUACCGUAUUUUCACACAUAUUACCCGUCCCUGCACGUAACCCACGCCCCCGACUUACUAUUUGGAAAACUAAAAAAUUCCUCGCGUAUUUUAGACAAAAAGUUUUAAUGGACUUUGCUUAUCGGUUUAUUUAUAUGAAUCGUUUACAUCAGAAUAGCACUCAGAAACACCCUGUAUGUUGUUUGUGAAUGAGGUUCAUGUGUAGUGUAAUGAGACUAAAUCCCUGGAAGCUAUGAGAGGAGCUUUGAGUUGAGUACACACAGCAUUCUUACAAGUGUAUUUGCAUCGUGUCAUCAAGCUUGCCCAGGAAGUGCUUGUUGCGUAUAAAGCGAGAUAGUUGUAGCCAUUCUUUGUCCGACUGUAAAAAUGAUUGUACAUAUGUUGGUGUAGUCCCUGCCACAUUGUUUUUAGUUUGUGUUUGAUAUUUAACCGAACCAUAAGAGUGUCUGCCUUAGUGUGUUGUACGUAAUAUUUUCAAACAAGAUCUAGCCACAAUAUAGUGAAUUUUUAUACUUUCAAUAUUAGACCGAUGCAACAGAUUUUAUAAUAUUUGAUGCAACGCUUCCAGGCCUUCAAGAAAACCGGCAACAGUGUUGGGGGGUCAUCUUCUACCUAAUCGAAAUUUUACCCUCCUUUUUAUUUAAGAAAUUUCACUUGUGUAUUAGCAUAUACCUGUUUGUUUGGAAUGGAUAUUAUACUUGUUAAUAACGAGGCUUAUAGGGGUUUCAUUUUUUAGCUGAAUUUAUGCUAAAUUUUUUUUGUGCAUUUCAUCGUAAGAUUGGUGGCUUUUUAAGUGUUCCUAAAUAUGUAGUGCAAGUUUCAAUAAAACGGCUGCAUUCUGCCUA